AUGGAUGCGAUGCACCAGGGCCCUGAGUUCCAGGCUCCUGCCGAAGGUCUUCAGUUGCAAGAGCGACUGGACGAUGCAAGAACCGAGAUUCUGGAGGCGUCUGACCAGGCAGCAAAGGACGUGGAGUCGCGCGAGGCAGCCGAGAAGCUCGAGAAGGAGAAGGCUGAAGCUCGAGGUGCCAGGUCCAAAGCUCGAGCUGGUCCGGGGGCGCGGGCCGUUACCGCAGAUCUCGCGGAAGCUUCGGCCGCCGACUUCGAGGGGCGGGCCCCGAAAGCAUCGGAGGUUUUCGAUGAUUUCCCGAGCCUCAAAGAGAUGGAGGAGCUCUUGGGAGGAGAGCCCCGGGCCUUGAGGGACCUCGCGGGCUGGGUUGCGCAGCAGGUGGGCGUGGAUCGCUGCCAUGUGGAGGCUGCCCUCCAGCUGCUCCAGGAUGGGGGCUCGGUGCACUUCAUCGCUUCCUAUCGCAAGGAGAUGACCGGAUGCAUGAAAGAGCAGAAGCUGCACGACAUUGAGCGGGAGAUGAAACGGGGACUGGCAUUAGAGACCCGGCGCAGGCAGGUGGCGCUGGAGCUGCAGAGCAGGGGGCAACUCACCGAGGAGAGGAAGAAACAUCUGUUGGAGGCGGGCACAGAACAGGAUCUGGAUGAUAUUUGGGCCCCCUUCCAACAUGCAGACGGCAUGGGAGCUAGCAUGGGCGUUGGCAUGGGCGC